CAGUGUCAAGAUGAUAAAAAUACCAGUAUCUGUGAUAAUUUCGUUGGUUUUGUUUCUGCUGUGCAGUUUUAUUCGCUCCUCAACUUCAUUGCCAGCGGUCGAUAGUGGCUUGGUGGACCUUGCUGGGCAUAAUCAACAGAAACGAGAAGUCGUAUUUCGGCCACUGUUUGUGUACCAAGAGGAAGAAGUCGAAAAAGAGCAAAACUUGAAACGGGAAGAGGAAGAACAAUGGCUGAACCAGGAAAAGGAAGAACAACGAUUUAGACAGCAAGAACAGGAGCGUGAAGUUACUACAGUACAAUCUGAUUACGAUUAUUCGUAACUUAUUACCGAAUGGAUAUCCAGACUGAG